GAGUCCCGUUCUCUCCUCUCCCGUAGUCUGUGGUCGAGUUGAACUUUCAUUGUGCAGGGGGGGCGGGCGGAGGGCUCUUUCGGAACAUUUUCCACAUUCGUAACUGGCGAAUACGUCCAGUUUUUGGAUAUGAAAACAUGUCUCUAAAUGAAGUCAGCGUUUUCCGACCAUUCAAACUGAUCGCUAUACUUUGUGUGUUCCUCGCAUUGUGUCUGGACAUCGCGGCCGUGCUCAGCCCCGCUUGGGUUACAGCGGAGCGCUACUCUUUGUCGCUGUGGGAAUCUUGCAGGCAAGUCGACGAUGUCUGGCAGUGCACAUCCACUCUCAGCUCUGACUGGCAGAUCGCGACCCUGGUGCUGCUGCUGGCCGGGGCGGCGGUGACCCUGCUGGCCUUCCUCAUCGCCCUGAUCUCUCAGUGCCGCGGCACGCACAGGAAGCACUACCGCACGGUGGCCAUCUUCCUCUUCACCGCAGUGGUGGUGCAGGCUUGUGCUCUGGUGCUGUACCCCAUUAAGUUCCUGGACAGCACGGUGCUGCAGACGUACCACGAGUUCAACUGGGGCUACGGCCUGGCCUGGGGGGCCACCAUCUUCAUGCUGGGGGGGGGCGUCCUGCUCUGCCUGCGGACUGACGUGUACGAAGACGCCAUGUACUGAACACACACACACACACACACGUACUGAACACACACACACACAAACGUACUGAACACACACACACACACACACGUACUGAACACACACACACACAAACGUACUGAACACACACACACACACACACACAUGUACUGACUGCACACACACACACACACAGACCAACCACACACAUGUACUGACCGCACACACACACAUGUACUGACAUACACACACACACACACACAUGUAUGGACACACACUCACACACACACACACACGUACUGACCGCACACACACACGUAUGGACACACACACACACGUAUGGACACACACACACGUACUGACCGCACACACACGCACACACACAUGUACUGACCGCACACACUCACACUCUCACACACACACACACACACACACACACACACACACACACACGCACACACACUCACACACACAGACACACACUCACACUCUCAAACACACACACACUCACACACACACACAUACACUCACACACACACACACACACACACUCACACUCUCAAACACACACACACUCACACACACUCUCACACACACACUCACACACACUUAGCUCGGCGAGUUCGCCAGUGAAGCACAGCGAGGUGUGGAAGAGCAAAGGCCUUUGAGCAGGUUACCGUGACAACACUCUCUGGCGAGGCAAACCCGCUGAUUAACUCUAAAUAGCAGCGAUGCCCUUGGCUAGGGGGGUGAUUUCACCUUUAGCUGACUGACUGAACCCCCAGCUCUAACACGUCACACACACAGACACACACACACACACACACACACACACACACUCACAGGCCAUGGUUAUUAAUAGGCGGAGUGGGUGGCUGCUGGCUGCUCUACAGGAGCAGUAUAAUGGAGGAACAGCUGGGCGGAGAGAGCGCCCCAAAUACCCACCUGAGGGUUACCCCCCAAAACCCAGACCUAAACCCUUAAGUCCGAUUCAUACUGUGUCACACAACCCUUUCGACAAGCGUCACGUGACAGAAAGGAAAGUGUCUCAGGUUUUGCAUUUACAAUUCGGCGAAGAUCUGUGAUGACGCUUCUGUUGUCUCCACGGUGAGGAGACGGCAGCCCAAACUGCUGACGUUCACAUUUUUUGAAAACACAGUUGUGCCUGGUUUAGCCAAUCAAUGACAGUGAAUUUCAGGGUUCCAUCUGGCUGUCCAAUCAUUACACUGCGCCACAAACUAUGACCAAGUCCGCAACGUCAGGGAAUUCUAUGGCACUUUCUUUCUGUUGAAAAUAUGUCAUUUUUGGCACUCGACGCUUGUCCCAAGGGGUCCUGUGAUGAAGUCAAAAUCAGGCUUAACCCCAAACCCCAAACCCCAAACCCCAAACCCCAAACCCCAGCCCUGGUACUGCAGAGCUGCGGACUGUGCUGUCCCGUUCUCACUCAGCACUUAAAGCAGUCGAUUGCACAGUUAACUCACCUCACCUUGUUCCCUGGGUCUGAAUCAGUUGCUGAUUUUAAGGUGAAAUAAAAAACCAGCCACACCCUGUGGCUCUCCAGGACCAGGGCCUUCUCACCCCUGCCCUAACCCCACUCGAGGGCCACGUCUAAGGCCAGAGGUGUCAGUCUUCCUUCGUGGGUCUCAAUUCAAGAAAGAAGAAAAACAAACGCUUCUCCACUAUGCCUUUGUGCUCUGGGUUUCCUCAAAGUAAAAUCCUCUUAAUAUGUUGUAUAUUUUUUAUGAAUGUAUUUUAUGAAAUAUUCAUAGAUUAGUAUUUUAUUAAUAGCAUAGCAUAACUGCCCUCGUCAAACUCCGACUUGGUGUUUCAAAGCACCACUUCAUUUGUCUGUUUGUUAUUUGUCUUAUUUGUUUAUGAACAUUGAACGUGUUUAGCAGAUUUUUUUGGAGAGAGGGAUUCUGCUCUGAAUAUAUGUAAUUAAAUCUUCUUGCUCCUUAUGACUUGCUGUACUUCGGAAAUUAAAAAAUAAAAAGGUGUCGAUGAUUGAUA